UGAGCGAGGCGUGCUUUCUCUCCUCCAAAAUUGCUUCACUUUAAAGAUCGAUGUAAUUAAUCCCAAAUCUCAAUCAUCAUAAACUCACAAAUCACGAUCAAUCACACGUUCAAAUCUCGCCAUUAAACCUGCAGGAACAAAAGUAUAAAGAGAUAUAUAUAUGUAUAUAUACAUAUGUACAGAUGCACACAGAAACAGAAGCUUUGAUGGGUUCUCUUUAGCACUUUACUCUGCCGUUGCACAGAAAAGGGAAAAGCCCGAUUGGGGGACGAAAAUAUCUGCAUUUCCAUUCCAGUGUGCGUUUGUUUUCCCCCAAUUAGUAAUUCUAGGGUUUCGCUGGUAAGUUACUGAUCUACAUUGCAAUUGGGUCUGGGCUUCGAUUUCGGUGGUCGAUUUACGCAGCACAGCACAUGAUGAUGGUCAUCGGCAUGGCAAAGGUAUACGGAGAGAUGCUCGCUGUCUGGCGUUUUGGUGGUUGAUUCAACUGAUACCGAGAUGCUGUUUUCCAUUUCCCCCUUCCGUUGAGUUGCAUAACAUUGCAGGCCUUGCUUAUCCCUCGAUCUUGUUCCUGUCGGGUGUUCGAGAAUGGAAGAAUGAAUGGGUGUAUAACGGUCUGCUGUGCUAUGCUCGUGGUUUCUUGGGUUGAGUUUGAGUAGUGUGGAAGCAGAAGCAUUGUGUUGAAGCUAGGUUAAAAGCUAACAUUCGACUUGAAGUAGGUGGAGAGGGGUAGGUUGUCUUCAAUUUGUUUGCAGGAUGAAGUUUAUGAAGCUUGGAUCCAAACCAGAUUCCUUUCAGGCCGAUGGGAACACCAACAUAAGGUAUGUGGCUAGCGAGCUGGCAACUGAUGUUGUCGUCCAUAUAGGUGAUGUGAAGUUUUAUCUUCACAAGUUCCCUCUUCUGUCUAAAUGUGGGAGGUUACAGAAGCUGGUUUCUUCGGCCAAUGAAGGCAAUGUCAAUGGAAAUGGCGACGAGAUCAGCAUCCCCAACAUACCUGGUGGCUGCAGCGCCUUUGAAACAUGUGCCAAGUUUUGCUAUGGAAUGACGGUCACACUAAAUGCGUACAACAUUGUCGCAACACGGUGCGCAGCCGAGUAUCUUGAAAUGCACGAAUCCAUCGAGAAAGGCAACCUCAUCUACAAGGUUGAUGUCUUUCUCAACUCCAGCAUUUUCCGAAGCUGGAAAGACUCCAUUGUCGUUCUCCAAACUACGAAAGCCCUACUGCCGUUAUCCGAGGAGCUAAAACUAAUCAGCCACUGCAUAGAUGCUGUUGCUUCCAGGGCUUCCGUCGAUGUUUCCAAGGUGGACUGGUCUUACACGUACAAUCGAAGAAAAGUUUCCGAGGAAAAUGGGAAUGAUCCCAGCUGGAACACUGGUGUUCGUAGCCGAGCAGUGCCAAUGGACUGGUGGGUUGAGGACUUAUGCGAGCUGGAAAUCGAUCUGUACAAGCGUGUGAUCGUAACAAUCAAGAAUAAAGGCAGUGUAUCGAGUGAAGUGAUUGGGGAAGCUUUAAAAGCUUACGCCUAUCGGAAAUUACCCGGCUCGGGGAAGAACAUAAUCCCCCAGAAUGAAAUGUCAAAAUUCCGAUUCAUUUUGGAGACGAUCGUGAGGCUUUUACCGGAAGAGAAAGGCAGCGUUUCGUGCAGUUUCUUGUUCAAGUUAUUGAAGGCUGCCAUUUCAGCCGAUAUGGGGGAGACGGUGACGAACCAGCUGGUGAAGAGAAUCGGGCAGCAAUUGGAGGAGGCGACUCUGAACGAUCUUCUGAUUCGGGCGCGCGAAACUGACGGUGAUGGAAUGAUCUACGAAGUCGGAGUAGUCCAGAAGAUACUCGAAGAAUUCACGAGGCAAGAUCGGGACGACGCCGAAUCUGCUGCCGUGGCAUUCGAAAACGGAAAUGCAGAAAUUCAGGAGAUACGUAAGCCUGCCGGGAUCUUGUCCGAAGCUUCGAAGCUUAUGGUGGCGAAACUCAUCGAUGGCUACCUCGCCGAGAUCGCAAAGGACCCGAAGUUGCCGCUCUUGUCCUUCAUCGGUAUCUCCGAAAUGGUCUCCGGCGUUUCUCGCCCAGCGCAUGACGGACUUUACCGCGCCAUCGACACGUACCUAAAGGAGCAUCCGGCGAUCGGUAAGAGCGAGAGGAAGCGAAUAUGUAGGUUGAUGGACUGCAAGAAGUUGUCGGCGGAAGCGUGCAUGCACGCUGUUCAAAACGAGAGGCUCCCGCUACGAGUAGUCGUCCAAGUCCUCUUCUUCGAGCAAGUCCGUGCAGCUGCUUCUUCGGGAAGCAGCACGCCGGACUUGCCCAAAGCCAUUAAAGACCUCAACAAUGGCUCCUACGGUAGCUCGCGAUCGGCGACAGCCAACACCGACGAGGAUUGGGAUGCGGUGGCCUCGGCUGAGGAGCUGCGGGCGCUGAGGGGUGAACUGGCGGCGCUGCGAUUGGGAUUGGGCGGCGGCGGCGGAGGAGGAGGUGUUGUGGUUGGGCAGGAGAGGAUUAAUGGAGGGGAGAGCAGGGCGGCCUUGAGCAAGAUGAAAGGGCUGAUAAUGUCGAAGAGGAUAUUGUCGAAGAUAUGGUCGAACAAAGGGGAGAACAGCGGGUCGGACUCGUCGGAGAGCCUGAACCAGGAUGAAGUGGGGAAGACGAUCGGGACGCCGACGCGGCGAGGUAGGCAUUCUGUUUCUUAGGUGGUUAAGUAUGUGUGCGUUUGGGAUGGAUGGAUGGAUGGAUGGUUUCGGAUGAUGUUUUUGUCUUGUCUUGUGUUCUUGGUUAGUAGUAGACAGUUAAGUUACUUAGUAAUUUGAUUUGUUUUGGUUAACAAACGAGGAGAAUCAAUGGAUAUAACUUUAUAUAUAUAAUAUAUAUAUAUAUAUGUUAUAGUGAGUAUGUGUUGAAGUAAGUCUAGAAGAAGAAGAAGAACAUGAAGAAGAUGAUGAUGAUUUAUGGGCAUGGGGGAAUAUUUGCAGAGUAAUGUUGUUAUGUUAGAAGAGAAGCCAAAGCCUGCAAGCUAAGACUAAGGCAUAUAUAACAAACAAACAGUUACUACUAUUAUCGUAUCAUGUAAAAAUCUUUCCUUGUACUAUUAUUAUUAUUAUUAUUAUUAUUAUUA